AGCUGGGUAAAGCUUGAGUAAAUAACCCCAUUCAAUACUCUUGGAAGGGUCUAAAACUCAGUUUGAGAACAGAGAGAGGAUAAUGCUGCUGCAGACUGGAUAGGUCAGAAGAGCUGGGCCUGAGUCUGGCUCCUGACCCAAACUUGUGGGCCUGGUAAUAGGAAUGUUCACAUUUAGCCUUUCAAAUAACCAUUUUGGAGGUGUCAGAGUACUUUUCUUCCAGCUGCCACCAUUGCUGAUGCAGAAGUGAUGUUCCUGGCAGUCCUUGCCUGGCAGCAAGGGGCAGUGCUGUCCCUGUGCCUGGGCUGCCAGGCAGGGUCAACACAGGCAGCACGAGAGCUGGAUUGGAGACAGCUUUUGCCAGCAGAGCACUUUUAACACUUUGCCCCUUGUCUUGCCAGUCCCUCAUCUGCUUACCAUCAUGGCAAGGGCUCUGCAUGAUUAACAUACAUUACAAGCAAACUAGUUUAAUCACCUCUGGAGACCAGAGGGAAUCCUAUGUUGUCUCAAAUGUCACUGAUUUCUUUUUUAAGACUACCAUAAACAGUUCAGUGUUGAGCAACACAGAUAUUGAAAUUAGUCUUUAAUGAAUUCUGCACUAUAUUAAUAUAAUUUUACUAAAAUAAUUACUUUGUAAUACAAACUUAUGAAAUAUAUCACAUGGUUGUCUACUUAACAUUACUUAUGUAAAAUUCAUAGGAUGAAGCCUUUGGUGCAUUAUGUUAUGUAAACCUAUGUUACAUAAACCUCUUAUGUAAAGCCUAUGAAUGAAUUUUCGGUAGAUCAGUAUAAAUUUCACAUGAGGCAGGGAAUCUCAUUGCUGCCUAUGUGUACAAAGCUAGGGCUUGAGUUCCAAGGGUGAACAAGAGUGGAGCUUUCUUUGGUUGCCUUCAUGUCAUCCUCAAUUGCUGCCAGCAAGCUCCUUGUCACCACUAUUGGUGCUGCCAACCCUGCAGAUCUCUGAGCUCCUGAGGAGUCCAAUUUGAAGCUAUGAAGCUGCUGCUUCAUGUUGUGGUAGCAACACCCAAGGGCCUGCAGACCUGCCUGCUGAGUUGUGCAGCAUCACCACAAAGGAUUAUUUAUAUUUUAAAGUCUAUUUAAAAUUCCAAGUUAUGGAAACUCCAUAUUUUGUUCCAAAUUUUGUUUUAGGGUAUCAGCACUUUUCAGCAAAUACAGAAAAUCGCUGCAGCUGUUAGGUGAAACUUGAUGAAAUGGUAGGAAGGAGCAAAUAAACAAGGAAAGUUUAACAGCAAGAUUUGAGCAAAAGGUUUCCUGACAAAUAAUGAGUUCAGAUUGUUGUUCCUCUCUGAUCUUUUUCUGGUCACCUCUGUCCAUGUUGCUGGAAGCUCCUUCUCUGCCUGAUGUAGACAGAGCAGCCGCAGUCGCACUCUUGGUCACCCUUUUGACCCAUGGCCUAUUGAAAAAAACCCAAAACAACAGACACCUUGCAAAGCAAAUUAUCUAGUACCAAGUAACAUAUCAGAAAAAGCAGAAGCACAGGCAAGGAAAGAGAAAAGCCACAUCAAAGGGGAAAGAAGGUUCCAGGGAAUCAAAGACCAAGACACCUGCCUGAAACAUUGAGGAAGGUGCUAGAAUAAAGGAUUGAAUGGUUCCUUCAAGAGAUCCUGUGGGACAACAAAGCAGCAAGAAACUGUCAGGAGGGUGCUAGCAGCCUGGCUUGGCAGGGAAAAACCAUCUCAGAUCAAUUAAAAUCUUUAUCUAACUGGGUAAGUGGCCAAGAGAGAAGCCAUGGUUGUGCCAUACCAUGAGGGUGAUAAUGCUUUCAGCAGAAAUAUGAAGUACCCUCAUAUGUGAAGGGCUUUAAAAUAAGUGGAAAAAGCACUAGUUAGCAGCAGCCUCUGGCCAAACUCAUGAGAUUUUGAAGUGGAGAUACAUGAGUCUGUCCUACAGCAGUUUCUCUGAAAUUUGCAGUCAGAAAAUGAAUGGAGGAUGUGAGCUAUCUAACCAUGGGCUACAUGGAAAGGGAACAUGAACACUUCCAUUGUGGUUAGAAACUGUGAAAGCCUGUUAGGAACAAAACACAGGAAUCAAUUAAACACAGGUGCAAAACACUCAACAAGGUCAAGCAGCAGUGUACCAGGUGGGCAACCAUUCCACAGAAAGGGCUGGGGAUCCUGGUGGGAAGCAAAGUUGAUGCCAAAGACAGAAGAAAUCAAAAAGAAGGAAUAUCUCAUUUGUGAGGUUAUCUUUGUUACAGCACUGUGUGUGAAGAACCUGAGGUAACUCUUCUCUCAGCUAUUCAGCUGUCAGUCAGUGAGGCUUGGCAACAGUGCUUGAGACUGUUGCACCAACAAAAAUAUGCGCAGGACAAUCACAACCCUGAUGGAAAGUACAGCCUGUGGAAAUAAGGAAUUAGAUCUUCCCCUCGACCCAAAAAAAAAAAAAAAGAGAGAGAGAGAGAGAAAGCACAUAGUUAUGAUUUUCUAAUAUACAAAAGAAACUAAGGGCAAGGACCUACUAGCUUCCAUUCCCCUUGAGGGUAAGACAAAUAGCAGUGAGUUUAGCAGCAGAUUUGUUGGAUACUUCAAAAAAACCUUUCAGGAUAGUGAAGCAAUGCAGCAUUUCGUAGGUGUUUUAAACAACAUUCAAGAUCAACACGUAAAAGUUGCCGUACAUCAUAUAUAAUCACAAAAUGGUUUGAGUUUGAAAGGACCUUAAAGGUCACCAAGUUCCAACUCCCCUUCCAUAGGUAGGAACACUUCCCAUUAGAUCAGAUUGCUCAGGGCUCCAUCCAACCUGGGCUUGAACACUUCCAAAGAUGGGGCAUCCACAGCUUCUCUGGACAACUUAUUCCAGGGCCUCACCACACUCACAGUAAAGAAUUUCUUCCUAAUAUCUAAUCUAAACCUGCUCUCUUUGCAGUCACAUUUUGCAGAGAGGGGAAUGCAAUAGUUGUUGUUUAAGGACCUUUCCAAGUUAACACUGCUGAAUCAGAAUCAGCAGUCAGCAAAUGGAAAACAAAUUGUAGACAGGGAAGAAAAACCUUCUUUGUUGGGGUCCUGUGAUUUGGUUUUACAACUGAUGUUACUACUGGGAAAUUUAUUUAAAUGUGCUUCCUACAGUAAAGAGCAAGUGUGAGGUGGAGUCUUUCUCUCUCAUCAACUUGUUAAGCUGCAGGUGGCAUGGGCUGAUCCCUCCGUGGCUCAGGCAGGGAUCUGCCUGGAGACUGGAGCUGCAGUGACUGGUUUUCAUAGAAACCAGGCAGAGGGACCAAUUAAACCACCUCUUUCAGCAGUAACUGAAGCAGCAGGAAAACAUUGUCAAAACCAAGUCCCUGUUGGGUCAGAGCCCUGAGCUACGUGGGAGAGCAGAUUGUUCUGAUGGCUGAUUCCAAAUGCUGCAGCUGGAUCUGUUUGAGCCACGUGUCCAUGUCUAUCUCCCUGAGAUAUGCAGAAAACAAAGGGAAACACCAGCACAUGAAGGCAGUGCUGAACAACUGUGUUUGUUCUGCUUUGUUACUCAUUGCAAAACCGGGCUGGGAUUUUCUAGCCAGGACAGACACCAGCUCUUACACUGCCCAGGACUGGCACCAGCCUGCGGUCCCAGGGACUCCUGUGGAGCUGGUGCUGCAGCUGGGGGUAACUGUUUCUAAUGCUGGCCUCAGGUUAUCUAAUUGCCUUCCUGGAAACUGAAUACUCCCAUAUUGCAUGCACAUGGCCUGCUUUUUCCCAUUUCAGUGUUAAAAGAGAUCACAUUGUAGGAUUGCAACCUCGGAGUAGUUUCCCACCAACAUCCCUCAAACAAAAUCCUGUUGUCAUCUUGUUGUGAAGCUCCCAUACCUUCUUGGUGAUUUCUCAUGGGCAUCUCCUUGCAGCCCUGACUCCUUCUUCUUCACAGCACAACCAACAAAACCCCAGCCCUCUCCUCACCUAGCUAGCCCAGUCUUUUGUAGCACUCAUCUUAUUGGACACAGCUGUGGCCUAUUAGGGGCAGGCCUGUUCCUAAUCUUUGGUGAUUAGUACAGCUGCAACUCCUCAGGGGUGAGACUACCUUCUGCACUAUCUUUAUUUUCUUACAUUCUCUCCCUCCACAAAAUCCUUGUGCCUCUCUCUAGCAUUUGUUUCUGUGGGUUCCUCAACCAGCUCAUCCUAGAAGCCAGGAUUUAUUGCAACCAAAAAUUCUGCUUCUGCACCUCAUCCUGAUGAGGCACUGAUCCAGCCAGGGUGCAGGCUCCCACUCAUGCCACCGUCCCACAUUUACUGCUCCUCUGGCCUCACUGACCACUCUCACAGAACUCAAAAAGGAUAGUACAGUCCUACUACAGCAUUUUUAUCAGUAGAUACUGGGAUUUCCACCCACAGGUUUUUAGGGUACUUCUCUUUUCCUGUAAUAUUUUUAUGCUAUAACAUUUUUAUCCUUCACACAGAGCACCACUCUAUAUACAGCAUCACACUUCCACAUCCUACUCAGUGGUUCCUGUGAGGCUGGCAGUGCUGUAUCUCAUUGGUUUUUUAGCCUCCACCAAGACUCUAAGACACCUUCUAUAUCAGGGUUGUAAUUUGGUCCAGGCAUUUGGGUUCUGGCUUGAUUUUGAAGUCUCUAGCAACUGUACAAAAACACCUGCAAGUUUGUCUUUGCUUUGUUGCUUAAUAUUGCACGUGCCAAAUCCUUGCCAUUGUAUUCUAUUUUGUCUUUCUCACCUAUUGUGAUUGUGCUGUUUAUUUCCCUCAUGUUUUUUUCAGAGGCAAACUGAACAUCAGCCUUGUUCACCUUGCAGAUCACAUGAGUUCAAACUGGAUACUCCUCUGUAUUGGUCAGCUUUCCCCUGCUUCUAGUGGAAAUGUUGCUCUAAAAGCAAUUUCCAGCGACACUGGUUGUCUAUGCUACAGCUCAGCAUAGAUAUCCAUGUUUUGCCAGUUCCUCACAUGUCUCACCCAUCUACAAAUCCCUGCAUUUCCCUAUGAGGCCAUCUUGCAGCCUCAGGACACAGACCUUCUCCCAGCAUCCAGAGCACUGUGCCUUCCUAACACAGGCUGGGUAACCUCCCACAGCUCAAAUGGGCUUGAUUGCCUUGGGAAGCUUGUGUCAGCCUAGUUUCUCCCCUGAAAGCAUAACUAGGAUCACUCAUUUCUUACCCACCUCUUAUUAAGCUAAUUAGCAAUUAGAAGAAAUGUUCAAGAACACGAAAAAACCCACUCAGGGAGGAUAUGGCUGACCUGAGACUCUACUGCUGCAGCCCUCAGUCUUCCACAAGCACUCAAUUUCCAAGAACUGGAAAGGUUUCUUGUUCCAAAGCAGGCAAGGAGAAAUUUGACUCAUUUUUGUCCUUUAAAUCACGUUUUAUUUUAUUAAUUUCCUGCUUAUUCAGCCACCCCUUAGCUGAUUCAGAUCAAGAAACUAACAAAGUUUUUAAAGAGUUUGGGUGUGUGCAUAGUUACAGAAACCAGGUUUAUAGAUUCCUGCCAUAAUAAUAAAAAUCCUGGCAGCAAAUUUUUGUAUCAUUCCUCUAGAAAUUAAGACAAACUCUAAAAAGGCACAGCUGCAUGCCUGAUGCCAUAAAUGCCAUAAUACAGGACCAGAUUAUCCCACAGAUGUUUGCCCUGAACCACUUAAUUGCCAGAGGCAAUUUUUCCUUCCUGCCAGACACAUGAGAGAAGAGUGAAGAGUAGUUGAUACUAGAUCUGGUCCAGUGCCCUGCAGCCUGGCUUCUGGGUAAACAAAAUUGUCCCUGCCCUGAGACUCUUGUGAUCAAUAAAGAGCUGCUUGCUAAUGGAUCAUGGAUACUGAUAUUGAAUGGAUCACUGUGGCCCUUGUUAUAUGUACUACAGGUGGAUGUCCUACACUUACCACAUGCACAACAUAUUUCAGUAGUAGAGCUGUCAGGUUGCUCUAGAUGGAGGCUGAAGAGCUGAGUAUAAAUAAAGACCCAGGGAAUUCAGGUGAAACUGUCCAGGUGUGGCAAAGGAGGUUUGUAUAGAGAAUAUGGGCAGGGAAUAAAGUUGUUCAUCAAUUACUGUGAUGCAGAGAGAGCAAACUAGUACAUCCUUUAUGUUUCUGCCCCAGAAAUAAGGGAAUAGUAGCACAGGCCAUUUGGAGAUUACUGGUUUGUGAAUCACCUUUAGUGCUUUUUGAAUUUUUUUAAAUGUCACUUGUUUUGAGCCACAUCUGUUCUAUUCUCCUUCCUGUCAGAUGCAUUCCUCUUUCAACCUUCUUUACACUCAGUCAUAAUUGUGAACUUGAAGAGCCCCAUGCAUGAGCUGCUGUGACUGUGCAGCUGAUUCUCUAUGGGAAGUAUCAACAGCACAGCAAAAACUUACAGAAUCUCUCAGUGCAAUGACACGGGACAAAUUCCCCGGAUAAAAAUGUAAAAGAGCUGCUGAAAGAGCAAAACGGCAUUUCACACCCUCAAAAUCUGCCGUGGGGGAGAAGCGGGUCGGGAUGGAUUGUGCCGCGGGAGUUCUGCCAUCCAGCGGCUGUUUUCCUUACUGCGGCACAGCUACAGUAGCUUGGAAACCCACACCGCCUGCUAAUUUGGAGCUGUUGACCUUUGUUGUUCCUGUGCAAGAGGGGAUAACAACAGGGGCCUGGCGUAGUCUCUGCAUAUCUGAAUGCUGAGCAGUUGCAGCUCUGGUCAUGUUAUUGUUCCUGGAUCUUUGCCUGCAAAAAUGUCAUUAAAUCCAGAAGCCCAUUUUCCCAUUGUCAGCAUGUUACUUCUUCCAAGAACUCAACUGGAGCAGCAGUUUUUAGACAAGGCUCCUCCUAGUUCCUCCACGGUUCCUAGUAAUGGGACUUAAAAUUAAAUUAAAAGCUAUUUCAUUUUUAAAAUUCUAAUUGUGUUUUUGCUGUAGAACAGAACCCCUGUUGUGUUUGGGAGGAUGCACAAGUUGUUAGGUGUUUCUGUUUCUUGUAAGACCAGUGGGGGUGGGAAGUGCUCUGAGCCAGCUGUUCCAGAACACUGCCAGCAGAUACAAAGCCCAUUUGUCUCCAGGAAGUGGAUUGAGAAUGUGGGGAGACAUCCUACAGCAAACAUGUCAGGCUGUUCAGAGUGUUAUGGGAACAUAUUGAAUGUUGACACAACUGGAGCUCUGGGGACAACUGUGAAAGCAGAUGGUGUGAGCUGUAAGUUCCUGCCUCAGAGAAGACAGCAGAAGAACAUGGAGAAAUACCAGGCCAAGAUGGCAAAAGCUGGCAAUGGUGAGGGUCUUGCUCCAGCUUUGAUUGAUUGCUGGUGUUUUCUUUCAAGGGCUGGGACAGAACUGAAGGAUGGCCUGGGUGACCAUGGGAAUGCAUUUGGCUUAAUACAGGCUGGCAAACAGCACCAUAAGAUUGGCAAGCCAUGGAACACUGAAGAGCACCUAGGACAAGACACAGAGAUUUUAUACAGGAUGAUAAAUCCAGAAAAAAAAUCUCUAUCUUGGACAGAGGUACAGCACCUCAGAGGUGGGAUCUCAGCCUAUAAUGCAGGCGUUAACUCUGUCCAGACUUACGACAAAAUGGGUAUUGGUAAAAUACACAACUAUGCCAGUGAUGGGGAUGUGAGACCCAGGUUUUAUAAGAAAAAUGGAAUUGAGAUCUCUGAGUAA